AUGCCCCUCCACAGAUUAACUAAACAGGAAAUUCAUAGGGCAAUCACUCGGAGCCCAUGGACGACAUCUUUCCGACACCUUCUCCCCGUAUCUAAAAUUCUCAAGGAUAGACUCCAGGUGUCGUCUUUGGAGAACGCCAGUAAAAAGGUGGUGCCGGUGAAGGAUAGGAUUAAAUACUGGAAUAUCGUGCCUGGAGAUCAAAUUAGGCUGCUCGGUAGAAGGAGAGGAGGGAGAAGCGAUGAAAACGAGGUGUUGCAUGAAGUAGUCGCGGUCAAUAAGUUUAGGAAUAGGGUUUAUGUGCGAGGGAUGAGGCAUGAUGUUUCACCGGACGCAGGACAACGAAAAGACAAGAAUUAUCACUAUUCUCGGUGUCAAUUGUUUUUAGGAGAACACGAGCUCCCACUCAAAGCUGGUGAGACGGAGCGAAAGGUUGUGCCGGUUUUCGCUCAACGAAUAGGAACAUCUCACCCCGUGUGGAAUUCGUUUCUACGUAGAUGGCAAUGGGAAAGAUUUGCUUCAAAAACUGUUCCCGUCUUACCAGAACGUCGUCAUGAACAUAUACUCAUUCCGUGGCCAAAGUCACAACCUACUAUUCAUGCCGAUGCUACGCCAUACGACACCCCGGAAGAACAAGUCUUGAAAGUAACAUACAAACCUCCCCCGUUCAGCCCGACAUUGCGAGGACUACAGCCUCGAGUACCUACAGAAACAGAGUACCUCCGGGCUUUGUACAACUCGACCUACAAAAACUCGGCUUAUAAAACGUUCUUCGCCGGCACCCAGCCGCCUGUGGAACAAUUCCUCUACAAAGAACUCUCAAACCCGCAUUCGCGUGCGAAGAAGAUGAAGCGCUGGCAGGAAGUUCAUCGUGCCAAGAGGGUGCUGCUCAACGAAUACAUUGAGGAAGAGGUGAAAGACCUAAAGGGGCGGACUCGGGGAGAGGCUAGAGCAGAAGCUGCAUUCAGGUGGAGACAGAGGCUGGAGGAAGAUAAGAAAGAGGGUAGGAAAAUCAAUUGGAUAAAGAAGGGUGGGGAGGAGAAAUUGGCGAGGAAGAUUAAGAUGAGAAAGAAAAAGGAGGAAAAACAAAGAUCGAGGUUGGCGAGUUUGACAUUGAAGGAGGAGCCGAACCAGGUCAUACCCAAGGAGCUUUGA